AAAAAUUAAAAAACAGACACCCGCCCCUGGUUUUUUCCCAUCUUCACUCAAAGGCUUCCAACAAUGUUUGACAUCACAUCAUAUCAUACCAUAUCAUCUAUAAAUAUCUCUGCUACACAAACACUUUCACACCAUACAUCCAUCUACUUCCCAACACAAAAUAGUGAUAAAUUCUCUAUCUACUUGUGAUUUGCAUCGAAAUCGAUCUUCAAGAAAGAAGAAAACAUGAGUUCAACUAGCAGAGCUUGGGUUGCGGCCGCGAGCGUAGGAGCUGUGGAGGCUUUGAAAGAUCAGGGGAUCUGUAGAUGGAACUACACCAUCAGAUCAAUUCACCACCAAGCCAAGACCAAUCUCAGAUCCUUCUCUCAGGGAAAUAAGCUUUCUUCUUCAUCGUCUUCGGCCAAGGUUGCGAGCACGGCGAUGAGGAAAGAAAGGGCCAAGAAGCAGCAAUCCGAGGAUUCUUUGAGGACAGUCAUGUAUUUGAGCUGUUGGGGUCCCAACUGAUCAUUCAAAAAAAAAAAUAAAAAAAAAUAUCAAAAUUUUGAUUCAUAUCUGAAUCUACCAAAACAGAUGCUGAAAUGUAAAUGUCCAUAAAGUUUUGAUUUGUUGGUAGUCCAUAUUAUAUGAGAAAUGCUUUCUUCUCUUUAAUUUGGGAUA